AUCGAAUAUUAAGCAUCGAACACCAAUAUGGCGACUUAAUACUCGAUGCUCAUUGGUACAUACGGUCUUAUGCUAUGCAUAUACAGUUAUGUCAAUUUGUGUGCGAUAGCCCUAACUCUAUUUAGUUCACAAAUGAAAGUAGAAAAUUAUUAAAAGAAUAAACAUUGAAAGAAACCUGUCAGAUCCAAGAAACUUGAAGAUUUUAUCAUAAUGCCGAGUAGUCGAAAUUCAUCAGAUUCUUCAAAUUCCAACAUGAGAUCUGCCAAAGAACGCAAGGAUUGUCUGAAACGUGCUUUAGAGCAAACUCUUAUUUUACAGGAAGCAGUCAGUGGUACUACAAUAAAUAAAUUAGAUGAGGCAAUAUAUGAAGUUGACAAUGUUACUUCUGAAACUAGUAUACAUGACAAAGUUUGCAAUCAACAAGAAGUACUUAUUGAUUCACAAAUGAUGAUAUCUUCUUCCAAAGUUAUAAAAACUUGUGCUAUUUCACUGACAAAAAGAAUGCGCAAUUAUGAUCACAUUGACUUUGCCCAAAAAGUGGUGAGGUACUUGCAGGAGAUGUCACAGGAUGAUGUGCAGCCAGUGAAUUGGUCUUUUUUAGAAACACGAGUAACAAAGCUGUUUAAAAGGAUUCCUGAUUUCAGCACAUUAGGUAUAUUAGAGCCUUUAGAAAAGAAAACAGUAAACAGGCAAAAACCUCUAAGGAAAAUAGCACAACAAGCAGAAAUGAAAGUGCCAGAUAAAAUAGUGUCACAAACGAAUACCAAGGAAGAUGACAGUGUAGAACAAACUAUGCGAAAAAUAAAAAAAUUAAUUGUAUGUUAUUGCAAGGAAACGCAAGAACCGCUUAAUUUCUUUCAAUUAAUUAUACAUCCUCAGGAUUUCGGAAGAACUAUUAGAAAUUUGUUAUAUGUAUCCUUUCUUGUUAAAGACGGAGUAGUGAAAUUAAGUAAAGAUAAUGAUGGAGGUCUCGUUGUACAACCAUGUCGCAAGACGAGUCAGCAAGGUGGAGAAUCCAGUAACAGGAUAGGCGCUCAAACAAUCAUCUCGUUAAAUAUGAAACAAUGGGCUGUAUUAAAAAAGGCAUGUAAAGUGACGAAACCAAUGAUUGAUUUUGAUGAAGGCAACUAACAAUGUACAAAUCUUCUUACUGGACUUGCAGUCAUUUUUCUUCUCGUUUAUAGUUUUAUGUUCCUUUAUUUAAUUAUAUGUAUGGUCCAACAACUAUAAGUUUCUAUAUGUACAGUAUUAUGUUAAUUAAAUUCUUUAUUGCAUUGUA